GUGGACGCUUGCGCAGUGGAUUUUUCUGGCUCCCCGCCGUUAGCCGCUAUAUGCUGGGAAUAACGUUAGGGUGCUAGUGGUGCACCACAGAAAGACCGACAGCUGGAGUGGCCCUCCCCUCGCGGUGGACUGGAAUGACGUAGCCUUCCCAAGGAUUUAUCACAUAAGCAGAAAAUGAGCUUAACAUCCUGGUUUUUGGUGAGCAGUGGAGGCACCCGCCACAGGCUACCACGAGAGAUGAUUUUUGUUGGAAGAGAUGACUGUGAACUGAUGUUGCAGUCACGUAGUGUGGACAAGCAGCAUGCUGUAGUCAACUAUGAUCCCUCGACUGAUGAGCACUUGGUGAAGGAUUUAGGCAGUCUAAACGGAACAUUUGUGAAUGAUGUGAGGAUUCCUGAACAAACAUACAUAACCUUAAGACUUGAUGAUAAACUGAGAUUUGGAUAUGAUACUAAUCUUUUUACUGUAGUCAGAGGAGAGAUGAGAGUCCCUGAAGAAGCACUUAAGCAUGAGAAAUUUACAAGUCAACUGCAAUUAUCCCAAAAGUCUUCAGAGGCAGAAGGUUCAAAGGCAGCUGGUGCCAGGGUUGCAGAGCCAAAGGUACAAGAUGCUGUUGCUGAAGUGCACCACAAAGCUGUGGAAACACUAAAAUCUGAAGAGAAAUCAACAGAUCUUUCUGCCAUGCCUCGGGGUACACCAUUAUAUGGGCAACCAUCAUGGUGGGGUGAUGGUGAAGCUGAAGAAGAAAAUGACUAUAAACCAGAUAGUAAACCAGAAGAGAAAAUACAAGAAACUGGUGUUUUAGGAUGCAGCACAGAUGGCAAGCAAGCUGAGGAGAAAUCUGCAGCUGCAAGUGAAGAAGAGCCUUAUCCUUUUUGUAGGGAGCCAAGUUAUUUUGAAAUCCCUACAAAGGAAUUCCAGCAACAUUCCCAAAUGCCAGAGGGUACUAUUCAUGAGAUUCCAACAAAAGACACACACAUAGCAGGGGCAGGGCAUGCUUCAUUUACUAUUGAAUUUGAUGACAGCACCCCAGGAAAAGUAACCAUCAAAGAUCAUGUCACAAAAUUCACUCCAGAUCAGCGCCACAAGCCUAAGAAGCCUUCUCCUGUCACUCAGGAUCUUCCUGGGCUUCAAACUGUGAUGAUGGCACCAGAGAGUAAAGUGGCAAACUGGUUAGCACAAAACAAUCCCCCAACAAUGAUCUGGGAAUCAACAGAGGAAGAUUCAAAAAGUAUUAAGAGUGAUGUUCCAGUCUACUUGAAGAGACUGAAAGGAAACAAACAUGAUGAUGGGACCCAGAGUGAUUCAGAAAAUGCUGGCGCACACAAGCAUUACAGUAAACGAUCAGUGCUUGAAGAACAGUUAAGGCAUCAUUAUUCUGAACAAAAAAAGCUGCAUGCAAAAACCCAGGAGACAGGUAAACACUCGGACCAACCUGCUUUAAGUCAGACUGCUUUUAUGAUCGAGUUUUUUGAUGAAGGCCAUCCCCGGAAGAGACGCUCUCAUUCCUUUUCUCAAAAUGUGGGAGCUUUGUGCCCUGAAUUGUCUUCUCCAUCACCUCAUAUAAAAACUGAAAAACUGAGACAUGCAGCAGGUGACGCUAAAGGGAAUCAGUUACCUUUGCAGCUUGGCUCUACCCAACAAAGACCAGUACAUGCAAAACUUUUAAAGCAAAAAUCAGAAGAACCUUCUGCUGCACUGCCUUUCUUACAGACUGCAUUGUUAAGGAGUUCUGGAAGCCUUGGACAUAGAUCAAGUCCAAGUGAGGAUAUGGAGAAAAAGUUAAAAAACCAUCUAGCGGUGGUAACUAUUGAAAAGGAUGAUGAUGACCAAAGUGAUAAAGGUACUUACACUAUUGAACUGGAAAAUCCCAGUGCUGAGGAAGUAGAAGCUCGCAAGAUGAUUGAUGAGGUUUUUGGAGUGGAUGAAAGCCAGGAUUAUAAUAGGCCUGUUACCAACGAAAGCCAGAAAGAUUUAGUAAAAGAUUGGGCUAUAUAUUCUGCUACAAUAGUACUGGAAGAAAAAAGACCACUGAGUACCACUGGAUUUCUUGACACAGAGGAAAGUACUGCUACGCCUGGAAGCAAACGCUGGGUUUCACAGUGGGCCAGUCUAGCUGCUAACCAUACAAAACACGAAGAAAAUGAACUGCGUGUAGAAUCAUCUGCUUCUGUAGAAAAUGAUGCUGACAUCAGUGAAUCUGGAAUAUCUGUCAGAAGUGCUGGCUCAGUUGGCUCUUUGACCAGCCUAGGAGAUCGAAAAAGGAGAACACUUCCACAAUUGCCAAAAGAGGAAAAUGUUACAGAAGGCCAAAAAACAAAGGUUACAACCCAUCAGAGAUCAGAGAUAGGAGAAAAACAAGACACUGAACUUCAAGAGAAGGAAACUCCAACUCAUACCCAAAAAGGAAUAGUACAGGAUAUUGAGAAAAGCCUGACUAAAACUAGCAGAGUAGUAAAUGGCCUUUCUCCUAAAGGUGACAAAACUUUUUUUCACUCCAGCAAUUGUUCUUCCUCUGUCAAAGACAGGAAUGAAAAUGGCCGAGAAGCAUCAAUGGUGACACAAGCUUUAGCUAAAAUUCAACAGCAAGAACAAAGUGAACUGAUACACUGGAUCCCCACUAAAUUGUCUUCUGCAAAAUCUUCAAAUCAACUAGAAAAAGCGAGAGAAGAGACUUCUGUUCCCCGUAAAAUAGAAAAUAAAGAAGAGGCAUUAGGACGUGGUGCAGGUAAAACUGAAAUAAAGGCACAAAGUGAAGGAAAAAGAAGAAAAGCAGAGGAAACUACAAAAAGUCAAACUACAAAAGGGUUUAGCGGUGAUAAAAAAGAAACAUCAAAACCAUUAGUGAGACAAGGUAGUUUUACUAUAGAUAAACCAAGCGCAAAUAUACCAAUAGAGCUAAUCCCUCAUAUUAACAAACAAACUGGAAUUAUUCCACCUUCUUUUUCUUUAACAUCCACAAGUAGAAUAUCUGAAAAAAGUGAUUCUGUGGAAACUGAUUCUAGUCUAGAUACCACACUUAUUUUAAAAGAUACAGAAGCUGUAAUGGCUUUUCUUGAAGCUAAACUGCGUGAAGAAAACAAAACAGAUGAAGGACCUGAAACUCCCAGCUAUAACCGCGAUAAUUCCAUUUCACCUGAAUCAGAUGUGGAUACUGCUAGUACAAUUAGUUUAGUUACUGGUGAUAGUGAAAGAAAAUCAACUCAGAAAAGAAAAAGCUUUACUACCCUCUACAAAGAUAGGUGUUCCACUGGUUCUGCUUCUAAAGAUGUUUUGAAGUCAUCUUCUACAAGUGCAAGAGAUAAGAUUGAAAAGAGAACAAAAAGCCGUUCUUCGGAUUCUGCUUCUAGAGGUGACACACGCAAGUCUGUGCAGAACAGUGGCAGGAUAAGGCAACCUUCAGUAGAUUUAACAGAUGAUGACCAAACGUCUAGUGUACCUCAUUCUGCUAUAUCUGAUAUCUUAUCUUCUGACCAGGAAACAUGCUCUGGUAAAUUACAUGGAAGGACUCCUUUUACUUCAGCAGAUGAACAUCUGCAUUCCAAAACAGAAAGUGUUAAGUCAGCUAAACUGAAGACCUCUUCAGCAUCAGCUGGGCAGUCCAGUAAGUCAACCACCCUUCCAAGGCCUCGUCCCACAAGGACUUCUCUCUUGCGUAGAGCACGGCUUGGUGAAGUCUCAGAUAGUGAACUCGCAGAUGCAGAUAAAGCAUCAGUAGCUUCUGAAGUAUCAACUACAAGUUCUACAUCCAAGCCCCCAUCAGGAAGAAAAAAUAUCUCCAGAAUAGACUUACUUGCCCAGCCACGUAGAAAUAGGCUUGGUUCGUUAUCAGCACGUAGUGACUCUGAAGCAACAAUAACUAGAAGCACUACAUCAUCUCGUACUCCAGAAGCCCUAAUUAGAAGUGGCAUUAGGCUAACACCAACAGCAGAUGGCACUAAAGUUUCUCCUAGAGUUAGAGCAAAUAGCAUUUCUCGACUAUCAGAUUCCAAAGCCAAAUCUUUGUCUUCAGCCCAUAAUUCUCCAUCAGAGAUAAAGCAUCUUCUCCCAGACCCAGAUCCUGCAGUUGAAACUUACAGUGUAAAUUCAAGAUGGAGGCGCUUUCCUACAGAUUAUGCUUCCACCUCAGAAGAUGAAUUUGGAUCAAACCGUAAUUCUCCUAAACAUGCCCGUCUGCGUACUUCUCCAGCCCUGAAAACUACUCGAUUGCAGAGCUCUGGAACUCCAACCCAAGCUAGCAAUAUCUUCAAACACAGAAUAAAGGAACAAGAAGACUAUAUUCGUGAUUGGACUGCUCAUCGAGAAGAAAUAGCAAGGAUCAGUCAGGACCUGGCUCUCAUCGCACGGGAAAUCAAUGAUGUAGCAGGAGAGAUAGAUUCGGUGACAUCAUCAGGCACUGCUCCCAGUACCACAGUAAGCACUGCUGCCACCACCCCUGGCUCUGCCAUAGACACUAGAGAAGAGGUAGGAGAUCUUCAUGGAGAAAUGCAUAAGCUAGUCGACCGUGUAUUUGAUGAAAGCCUAAACUUCAGGAAGAUUCCUCCUGUAGUAAAUGCUAAGACAGCUGAUGGGAACAGUCGGCCCAGUGAGCCUAAACCACAGCCAACAGAUCUUCCUGAACCCCCAACAAUUACACGCCGACGAACCUGGAGUAGGGAUGAAGUCAUGGGAGACACCUUGCUGUUGUCUUCAGUAUUCCAGUUUUCUCGGAAGAUUAGACAAUCUAUAGAUAAAACAGCUGGCAAAAUCAGAAUACUGUUUAAGGACAAAGACCGGAACUGGGAAGACAUUGAAAAGAAACUGCGAGCUGAAAGUGAUGUUCCAAUUGUGAAAACAUCAAGCAUGGAGAUAUCAUCCAUAUUACAAGAGUUGAAGAGAGUAGAAAAGCAGCUACAAGUGAUAAAUUCAAUGAUUGACCCUGAUGGAACAUUAGAUGCCCUGAGCAAUUUGGGAUUUGCUAACACUGUCCAAGCCACUCAACCUAAGCAGAAGUCCAGCUCUAUUUCUCAAAGUGCCCAUCCUCAGACACAUCAAAACUGCCAACCAGAAGCAAGGGCUGCUCGACCAGCCAUUGUGUCUGCUUCAAAUGAACUUGGCAAUGUUGAAUCUGAGCAUGAUUUCAGCAUACAUUUUAAUAGAUUCAAUCCUGAUGGAGAGGAAGAAGACCCAGCUUUGCGUGAAUGACAUAAAUGUUGUCGGUACCUUUUAGUAUUGAAUGUGUAGAAUUCAUUUUGAGUCCUACUGUUGUUCAUUCAAGAAUUGAAAAGCUUGGUGAAAUUGCCAUUGCUUUGUUAUACCAACUAUUUAACUGUGAUGCUUUGAAUGUCACACUUCUCUUGAUGUCAACAUUGGAACCAACAUAGAAAAAGAAGUUUGUCAUAAUUUUGUGGGCUAUGUAACCACUUAAUUUGAAUUGCCCUCCAUAGUAUAUUUAGCUUAAAUGAACUGUUAAAAUGACAUAAGAAGGUGCAGCUGUAGCAUUAUUAAAUUUCUAAAUCUCCUGUGCCAAGUUGAUCUGUAAUUGGGCCUCUUCACCAAAUAUAUAUAAAAUUCUUAGUCACUUAAAUUUGAUUUUAAACAAGAGGGUAUAUACCAUAGCACAUGAUAUAAAGAAGGCUUGACAAAGCAUUCAUUCCUAUAUACUGAAUUUCAGAAUGUUGUGAUUUUUAUAUAAUGGCAUUGUUACAUAAAUUGUCACAGGGGUUUACAAAGCUCAGAUAUUAUGUUUGCACUAAAAAUUUGCUGGGACUGGCAAGUGAACAUAACAGUAUCAGUAGGAGCUAAUACUUUUUAUGUACAUAGAAAAUUGAUCAUAAAUGUCCUUAAAAAAUAGUGAGAUGUGAAUCCACUUCCCAAAAAAGAUCCAUUUGACCUUUGCUGGUCCUGUCCAAUAUGUCUUUUUGAUGUUAAUGAAAGUAAAAUUUCUUAUCAUUUCUGUCAAAAUGUUUGGAACUAUAAAAGCAUUUGAAAUGUAUAGCUAUGUGAGCCUAUUAUUUUAAGUCCUUGUAUCACCAGGAUCAAAUGCAAAAGACAUAACAAGUGCUCCUUGAGAUGAUCAUGAGUUGUAAUUUUUUUCCAAAGGACUUGGAGAUAGACUAGUGAUAAUCUGGUUAGUAGACUUGUUCCAGGCAUCCAAAGCGUUGAUAUUUUCCUCUAGACUAUACAAAGUCUUUGUCCAUUAAGAAUUUGAGGGGGGGGGGGACAUGCUAACAUAGGGCUUGUACUCAUACUGCUUAACAGCAAAGCUAUUAAAAUAUCUCAGUAUAAGCCUAUGUCCCUUUAAAAUUUCCCCAGUAACUUAAAAUUCGGAAAUAAUAAAAGUAAAUCUGUAUUUCCCAAACACUGUACUUUGAAGAUUUUCUGUUAAUGCAACUAAUGACUGGAAUUUUCUUACGUUUAUGCAUCAAUCUAUAUACUAAGGUUACAUAUACAAUUUUGAAGCUUUUAUGAAAAUAAUCUUUAAUCUUUCAGCAAUAAUCCUGUGUCACUUGUUUAAAAAUACUUUUUUCAUGUACAUUUUUAGACUGUACACGAUUUUGAAGUCAUUACAAAGUAUGACCAGUUAAAUAUACAAAAACAAUUUUGUAGAGACAUGUAAAUUUAAAAUUCAACAAUCCUGUUGUAUACUGGGUUAAUUUCUUUUUUUUUUGCUUUAAAAUUAAAAACCACCACUUGUCAAACUCUGUAUCCCACUUUCUCUCUAUUGACAAUAGUAGGAAAACGUUUGUUUACAGAUGGUCUUAAAUUUUCAGCUGAUGAAAGAUAAACUACACAGAGCAGCGACAAGGCUUUAGCCAUCAUAAUUCCUUCCUCAUUUUUUUCAGUGCUUGGGAAAAGAACCGCAAACAUACAACUGUGGAAAAAUAGGAAAGGGUUAUGGAAAAAUUAAAUAGUUUAAGCCCUCCAUGCAAUUGUUUGCAUUCUUUCAAACUCUACACCGUUUGUGUUCUGUAAUGUUUGCAUUUUUAGUGUUCUUAUUUGUAUGGACUCAUACUCCUUAUUUAUUUUUGUUAUGUUUAUUAUGUAUGUUAUUGUUAUGUGCAUUUACAAUUCCAUUUUUAAAUAAAGUGUUUCUGGAACUUUAUACAAUAA